UCAUCCCCUUGUCCUCCUCCUCCAUCAGUUGCAACUCAAAAUGCCAGUCCGUGCUCGAUCAUCGUCAGUCGUCAUCGCCACUGUGAAUUCAGACAGGUGAACGGACGGCGAUCUCAGCAAACGGAGCAAACGACCUGCUCGGCGGGGAAGCACCAGCGAGCAUGACUGACGCGAACGCGGCGAUCGAAGUCGCCGCCGGAGUUCCGACUUCGACUCUCAACCGUAUCGACCUCUCGAGCUCCGACAUUCCUGGUUCGGUGUCUCUGCUCAAACAGGCGUGCUUGGAUUCUGGCUUCUUCUACGUGAUCAAUCAUGGGAUUAGCCAGGAUUUAAUGGAGGAGGUGUUCGUCCAGAGCAGGCGGUUCUUCGGUUUGCCUUUGAGCGAGAAAAUGAAGCUGUUGAGGAACGAGAAGCACCGAGGGUAUACUCCUAUGUUUGAUCAGAUCCUCGAUCCUGCAAAUCAGAUAGACGGAGAUUAUAAGGAGGGAUAUUACAUAGGAGUGGAAUUACCAGAGGACGAUCCUGGUGCGCGGAAGCCUCAUUUUGGACCAAACCUCUGGCUUUCUGAGGAUAUAUUGCCAAGAUGGAGGCAGGCGAUGGAAAAAUUUGGUAGUCAAGCAUUAAAAGUGGCAAAAGUAGCUGCAAGGAUCAUUGCUCUAGCACUUGAUCUGGAGGCUGAUUUUUUUGAUAAGCCAGAAAUACUCGGCGAACCUAUUGCGACCUUACGCCUGUUGCACUAUGAAGGUCUAGUCUCUGAUCCCUCUAAAGGAAUAUAUGGAGCUGGGGCACAUUCGGACUUUAAUUUUAUUACCUUGUUGGCAACAGAUGAUGUCCCAGGUCUCCAAAUUUGCAAGAAGAAGGAUGCUAAAUCUCCGAUGUGGGAAUUUGUGCAACCUAUGAGAGGAGCAUUCAUAGUGAAUCUUGGUGUUAUGCUAGAACGAUGGAGCAAUUGUAUUUUCAGGUCCACGCUCCAUCGAGUUAUAGGGAAUGGUCAAGAACGGUAUUCUAUUGCGUACUUCCUGAAGCCUAACCAUGAUUGUCUCAUUGAGUGCUUGCCAACAUGUAUGUCAGAGGAAAAUCCUCCCAAGUUUCCGCCUGUCCAAUGUCAGACCUACUUGUCCCAAAGAUUCAAAGAUACUCAUGCUGAUUUAAAUGUAUACAGAACGGAAGGAGCUUAGAGUUUGCCAGUGAGAGCGGAAGCCUGUCAACCCGCACUUGCCCGAAGUAGGGUUAUAAUUUUAGAACUUGUACAGAUGUGCAUAAUGAGCUUAGAGAAGAGCGUCCAACAGAGUACCUUCAUGUACAUACAUAUGCACAUACAACCAAUGAUCUGUUUAUGUUCAGCAGUUUCCACCUUAUUUUGCUCCUAAAUUAACUGUUUGUACGUGCACAUGUCGAAGCACCGACUCUCCUGUGAUUCAACGGAUGGGUCCGCUUUUCAACAAUAGUUUCGGUAGAUUGGACUGUACAUGCAACUUUCGGCGUACUUGACAAGAUUUUUCUGGACUGGGUGGGCGUGUCGCUAAGCCUACAAAGGAUUGAAAAUAUGACGGGCUAAGGAGGAGUGAGCAAGCAUUUUCAUGUGGGUGGGACUGCGGGUAGCAUUGGCAAGUGCACUUACAGAUAUCGUAAGCACUUUAGCCACUUUGGCUGCUACUUUCGCAGAAAUCUUUCUGAUGUUUCUCAAAGGUGGAUAGGUCAAUCCCUUCUCAAAGUCCCCCUGUGACACUUGACUAACUGACGCUUCCGCCAUGUUAAAACACAAACAAGCUUUACACACAGGAAGACUUGA